GCCUUUUUCCCUGCCUCUCGCGAGAGGAGGAGGAGCUAAAGCCGGACGAGGAGGCCCGAGGUCUGCUGUAGCAGCGCUCCUGAAAGGGGUGGGCGAAGGAAGGAAGGGAAGAGAGACCGGCCAAAAAACUGCCCGUCCCUUUUGAGGCUGGGAGCUGGGAGGAAGAAGCAAGAGUAGCGGCGUCGGCAGAGAUGGCGCGGCUGGUGGCAGUUUGCAGGGACGGCGAGGAAGAAUUCCCCUUCGAGAGGCGACAGAUCCCCCUCUACAUCGAUGACACCCUGACGAUGGUGAUGGAGUUUCCUGAUAACGUGCUUAACCUUGAUGGGCAUCAGAACAGUGGGGCUCAGUUAAAGCAGUUCAUCCAGCGGCACAGCAUGCUCAAGCAGCAGGACCUGAAUAUUGCCAUGAUGGUGACAUCGCGCGAAGUCUUGAGUGCUCUCUCUCAGCUUGUCCCCUGCGUCGGCUGCCGCCGGAGCGUGGAGCGCCUCUUCUCUCAGCUCGUGGAGUCGGGGAACCCUGCCCUCGAACCCCUCACCGUCGGGUCCAAGGGAGUCCUCUCUGUCACUCCGAGCUGCAUGAGGGAUGCGAAGAAGCUCUACACGCUGUUCUACGUGCACGGGUCCAAGUUAAAUGAAAUGAUUGAUGCGAUUCCGAAAAGUAAGAAGAACAAGAGGUGCCAGCUGCACUCCUUGGACACACACAAACCCAAGCCCUUGGGCGAAGGGAACGGUAGCGCCCUGAGUGCAGAGAAGUUAGGUGCAGAUAAAAGAAGUAGUGAAGACGACAGGAAGGAGAGCAGGUGUAGGAUCACUUUCUACUAUGGACCUUUCCAAGGAGCAGCCAGGGGUUGCUGGAUGGACGUGUGGGAGCUGAUGUCUCAGGAGUGCAGAGACGAAGUAGUUUUAAUCGACUCCAGCUGUCUGUUAGAAACAUUAGAAACUUACCUCCGGAAACACAGGUUUUGCACCGACUGCAAGAACAAAGUCCUGCGGGCUUACACCAUCCUUAUCGGCGAGCUGGACUGCAGCAAAGAGAAGGGCUACUGUGCCGCUCUCUACGAGGGGCUGCGCUGCUGUCCCCACGAGCGCCACAUCCACGUCUGCUGCGAGACAGACUUCAUCGCCCACCUCCUUGGCCGAGCCGAACCCGAGUUCGCAGGAGGGUAUGAGCGAAGGGAGAGACAUGCAAAGACAAUCGACAUCGCCCAAGAGGAGGUCCUGACUUGCUUGGGGAUCCAUCUUUACGAACGGCUGCACCGCAUCUGGCAGAAGCUGAGGGCGGAGGAGCAGACUUGGCAGAUGCUGUUCUACCUUGGCGUUGAUGCUUUGCGCAAAAGUUUCGAGAUGGCCGUGGAAAGAGUCCAGGGCAUCAGCCGGCUGGAGCAGCUCUGCGAGGAGUUCUCCGAAGAGGAGCGGGUGCGAGAGCUCAAGCAGGAGAAGAAGCGCCAGAAGCGCAAGAACCGGAGAAAAAAUAAGUGUGCGUGCGAGAUCCCCGCUCCCUUGCAAGGAGUGGAGGAGAAGGAGAGGAGCCAGGAGAAGGAAAACUUCUUGGAAAGUGGUUGCAAAGCCUGCGGCAGCACAGAAGAGAGAGGCAGCUGCAUCGAGGUCAUUGUGACCAACGAAAACACUUCCUGCACUUGUCCCACUGCUGGCACUUUACUGGGUUCACCCAAAAUAAAGAAAGGUUUAUCUGCACAUUGCAAUGGCAGCGAUUGUGGCUACUCCUCCAGCAUGGAGGGCAGCGAAACGGGGUCGCGGGAGGGCUCGGACAUCGCUUGCACCGAAGGGAUUUGCAACCAUGACGAAAACGGUGAUGACCCCUGCCUCCAUCGCUGCGAGGACAAGGAGGAGGACGGGGACAGCUGUGUGGAGUGCUGGGCAAAUUCGGAAGACAACAACAUGAAAGGCAAGAGCAAGAAGAAGAAAAAGAAAAGCAAGAAGGGCGAGGCCGAACAUAUCCAAAAGCUGAGCAACUGCGCCAUAGACCCGAGUAGUCACGAGAGCUCCGGCAAUGCCACGCACACGGAGUUCCACCGGGACAAGACCAAAGACCCGCACAGCGACACCUGCUGUCGCGCAGAGAAGGGCGGGCAGCCAUGGUUGGAGCACAGGAAAACGGCGCUGUCGUGCGCAGAACUUCCAGAUGCAGCCUCCGCUCCAGACUCUGGGAAAGGUGCCAAGAGCUUGGUGGAACUCCUCGAUGAAUCCGAAUGCACUUCCGACGAGGAAAUCUUCAUCUCGCAAGACGAGAUCCAGUCGUUCAUGGCGAACAACAAGUCUUUCUACAGCAAUAGAGAGCAGUACCGCCAGCACCUGAAGGAGAAAUUUAACAAAUACUGCCGCUUGAACGAUCACAGGAGGCCGGUUUGUAGCGGCUGGCUGACGACAGCCGGAGCGAACUAAACCCAAUAAAAUUAGCUCUGUCUUUCAAUGAAA